AUUUUCCGUCAGCCCAUUCAAAAAUGUUCCUGGCCCAGGAAAGAUAUUCAUGGCCGCUAACACCCGUUUCAUCCCCGCAAAUAAAGUCAUCUCACAAUGACCGGAACACUAGUAAUACUAGCUACUGCGUAUGCUUCAACAACACUAGAGAAUGAUAUUAAGUCCCAGAACACUGAUCGCUUCCUGAGGUAUCGAGGUGUACCGAAAUGUCUGUUACCCAUCUCGGGACGACCAGCACUUUCCUGGUGGUAUGAUGAAGCUAGAGCUAUAUACAGCAAUAUUUACAUUGUAGCUACUGCUCACUCAUACAAGCACUUUGAACGUUGGGCAAGUGGACACUCAUUCCCAAAGGAAAACAUUCUGAAUAGCGGCUUCAGCGAGGGAGCAAUUUCGGACAUAUCGUUUGUACAUCGAGUAAAGGACAUCAAUGAUGAUUUGUCUAUCGUCCCAGCGGACUUGCUUUUUGACAAUUCCCGCGGACAUCAGUUAUUGGAAACUUUAAAAGCUAAUGGCGAAAGUAGAGUCAUCUAUCACAUUCCCGAGCAUGGGGAUGAUCCUCGCAUCCAUCGCAUUGCUGUAGCGGCAAAUUCUGACCUGUUGACAAAAGAGGAUGCCACUGACGCAAGAAAGUUGCUGAUCUGCCCAGUUGCCUUUGUCAUUCGACAUGACCGCUUAACUCAGCUUGAACCUUACUUGCGAAAGGUUCAUCAAGACGCGAAGCAGGUGGUUUCUGGAGAUAACACCGUUGUCUCCUUGGAGAAGGAUAUAUUCAAUUUUUACGAACAAGAAGAGGAUGUCAAGGCUAUCGAAGUCGAUUAUGUCACAGCACACGGUUACCUCAAUCCACGUGUAACGCUGAAGGAAUAUCUGGAGAAGUGGGAGAAGCUUUUGAAUAGUAAUAUUCCACCCAGAUCUCCAGAAAACUAUCCACAUCAUAAGGAAGAGCCGAUUGUCACCCGUUCCUUUGCACGCGUAGGCUUGAUGGGCAACCCUAGCGAUGGAUUUUACGGAAAAACGAUGUCUCUUUUAAUCUCCAACUUCUGGGCCGAGGUUACACUCAUACCAAAUCCUUUGUCUCAAGUUGAAUAUACAACCAUUUCCAUUCUACCUAACCCGGUAGCCGACCCUCAUUUGUUCAGCUCCAUCGAGUCGAUGGCAGUGAUUUCUGAGACGGAUGGCUAUGACAAUGGCGAUCGCUUGCUCCAGGCAUGCUGCAAAGUGUUUUUCACUCACUGCAAGAAGAACGCUAUUGCCAUCAACACAAAGCAAGGCUUCAGCGUACUUUUCGAGACAAAUAUUCCAAGACAAGUUGGUCUCGCUGGUUCUUCUGCUAUUAUCUCAGCCUUCUGGAAGACUCUACUUAAGUUUUAUGGAGUGACUGAUAAACAAAUCCCGCUGCCCUUGCAAGCAAGCUUGGUUUUAUCUGCUGAACAAGAUGAGCUCGGCAUUUCAGCUGGAUUGCAAGACAGAGUCAUUCAGGCAUACGGUGGUCUUGUCUUCAUGGACUUUGGCAAGCAACAGGUAGAUCAGUAUGGAUACGGAAAGUACGAGAGACUGAACAUGGACAACCUCCCUCCUCUCUGGCUUGCUUAUGUUGCAGACCCAAAGGAUUCAGGAAAAGUGCACAGUUCUGUUCGACAAAGAUUCGCAAAUGGAGAACCAGCUGUUGUGGAAGCCAUGCGUCAAUUUGCACAAUUUACCACCGACGCAAAGGAUGCCCUGGAACAGCGUGAUCACAAGCGAUUUGCUGAGCUGAUGUCUUCGAACUUCAACUUGCGCCGUGCUGUAUAUGGUGAUGCUGCACUUGGCAAUGCCAACUUGCGCAUGAUCGAACUUGCCAAGGAGUACAACUGCGUAGCCAAGUUCCCGGGUUCAGGAGGUGCUAUUGUAGGCAUGUGGAAUGGAAGUGAUGCUAGCAGUCGUAGUGAAGAUUUGCGAGAUCUUCGUUGGGCAUUGGAAAAGGAAGGAUUUGUCUAUGUUGAAAUUGUCCCCAAUGCUGGCGAGGUGUAAAAGUUGAGUUGACGAUAACAUAGAUUUAUUGUGUACUUAUUCAAAUUGCACAAAGAUAAUAAAAACAAUUUUCAAAUAAAACGUGAGCAAUAGUGAGUGGAUAAUUGCUGCAAAAGAGCAGAUAUAUAUCAAUCAAUAGAUUAGAAUUAUUUUUUAAUUCCUUGUUCUUCCUUUUCGAACA